UGUUAACAAAUGUAGGAGGGAAGUCUGCAAUCCUGAUUUGACUGUGGUGUUCUCGUCCAACUACUCAGUCACUGUCACCAGAGCAGAAGGGGAAGUAUUAAGAAAGUAUUGAAAGGAAAAAACAACAACAAAGAAGAAAAGAGGAGUAGCAAGUAUCAAAGACUGUAUUAAAUUACUUUGGUUUAUCACCUUUUUUCUUUUUUUGCGAUGGCUCACUGCACAUUAAUGAAUGUUUUGCUUUGGCAUUCCCUUUCUGUCCAUCUGUCGUUCGCAGUCACACACAAGCUCCAGUACUUCUACACUGCAGUCAAAGGAGGAAUAAAUUUCACAGAGUACACUGAUGUUGGUCUGGUUGAUGGAGAGCCAUUUGUGUACUAUGACAGCAACAUAAGGAAAUACAUCCCAAAAACAGAGUGGAUAAAGAAGAUCACUGAUUCUGAUGCAGACUACUGGAACAGCGAGACACAGAAUCAGCAAGCUGCAGAGGAGGUCUACAAAAAAGAUAUAGCUACACUAAAGCAGCGCUUUAAUCAGACUGAAGGAGUUCACACACUACAGAGGCUGUACGGCUGUGAGAUUGAUGAUGACGGGACUGUUAGAGGAUAUGAUCAAUUAGGUUAUGAUGGAGAAGAUUUCAUCAGUCUGGAUCUGGAAUCUGUCACCUGGACUGCAGCUAAACCUCAGGCUGUUAUCACCAAAAACAAACUGGAUGCUACAGGAACUGCUCAUGCUGACAAACACUAUCUGGAGAACAGGUGUAUCGAGUGGUUACUGAAGUAUGUGUCUUACAGCAGAGAGAUUCUGGAGAGGAAAGUUCGUCCUGAGGUAUCCGUCUUCCAGAAACACUCGUCUCCAGAGGUGGUGUGUCACGCUACAGGUUUCUACCCUAAAAGUGUGAAUAUCACCUGGCAGAAGGAUGGAGAGGAUGUGUAUGUGGGUGUGGAGCUCAGUGAGACGUUACCCAACCACGAUGGAAGUUUCCAGAAGAGAAGCGUUCUGAAAGUCCCAGCUGAGGCGCUGCAGAAACACACCUACACCUGUGUGGUUCAGCACAGCAGCCUGGAGGAGGAGAUAGUGAGGCCUGUGAGCCAGAGCCAGAUCCUGAGAGGUGGAAGAGUGAAUGUAGUGUUUGGUAUCGUAUUUGGUGCAGCUGUGGUUCUUGUUGCUGUUGUUGGAAUUCUCAUCUGGAAGAAGAAAUCUGGCUUCAAACCCAUCACACAAAACGUGCACAGUUCAGAAGAAGAGAGUCUAAAAAGAACAAGAAGUCUUCUGGAAAGAGAAUGAGGCCAGGAAACAUAAUUGGCAUGAUGCUUACUUUUUAGAGAUUGUGCUUACAGGCCAAAUGAAGGGCCCUCGCACCUCCAUCACCAGAUUAACAGAACACCCCAAAUUUAAAGAGCUUCACUGUUUAGGAAGCUUGUGAAAUGCCUCCUGACAUCAGUUAAUUAACACCACUAACAUGUUCUAACCUCAUAAACCAAACUGGUGACCCUUAUCUGGAAUGGGGUUAUUAUGUGCUGUGUCCUUGUUAAAUUCAUGUUCGAGUGCGUCUUUGGACAAUAUAAAUGUCCAUGGCAUGCUUCCCCUUCAUGGAUAAAAAUUAACUCCUAGAAUUUCUGUUUUUACUUUUAGUGUAAAGCACACAAGACCCUAUACAGCACAUCUCAUUGUAAUUUCUAUUGAGUACAAAUCGACUGAUAUCCACAACUGGCUCAUGGUGCCAGAAAGAAAAGUUGUAUUUUCAUACCAAGACACAUAAUGCCAAAUUAACAUGACAACCAAGAAUGACAAUAGCUCAGCAAUUUAACUCACUUUAAAAAAAAAAAAAACUGAAAAGGAGUACAUGAAUGCAUUCUAAUGCUCACAAAAGCCAAGAAUGAGUGAGUGAGAGAAAGAGUGUGUGUGUGUGUGUGUGUGUGUGUAUACAUUCAAAUGCCAUUUGCACAGAUUCUCAGUAGCAGUGUUCACUACUCAAGUAAGACAGUGGAAACAGACCAGAACUGUAAACAGACUGUAUAAAAGGUCAGUAUUGUCAGUUUGUAAAGGGAUGUGAUUUUUCUGCAAAUUCGCGGAAUUCCGCUUUUUUCACCUCAAAAUUUGAAAAAAAUUUUUUUUACGAUUUUCCACUCAAAAAUCCGCAUUCGUAUCCUAUUCGUUCCGACUUUCAGUAAUUCCGUCAUUGAGAUGAAACGAGGUACGUGAUUGGCCCAUCGCUCUGUAACAACCAAUGAACGCGCUUGUUAGAUAGCUGUACGUAAGCUCGCUUCAAACAAAGAGUUGAAAGAUGGCAGCCUCCGUGAUCGAGCGUAAAGAUACAAAUCGAGUUAAAGAAAUCGACAGAAUAGUGAAAAACAAGUUCCACUGGGAAUGGUUGGAGAAAGAGGUUGCUACAGACGUUUGACAUAAGACUGUGAGACAUUUGUUCAGCGAUUUUCGUUCUUUGGGGGGAGGGCAGAGGUCUCUGGCUGUCAAGUUUGGGGAUGCUGGGACCUCCCCUGCCCGAGCUACGAGCGUGCAAAGUCGGGCUGGAGCCCGGGAUAGAAAUGAAACCUAAGCGGAGCGCCGCGGCUUGCCUCGGGGAAAAUUACAUCCCGAGGCGCGGGGCUAGCGCGCCCUGCCCGCACUGGUUCUUUGGGGAGAGGGCAGAGGACUCUGGCUGUCAAGUUUGGGCAGGCUGGGACCUCCCCUGCCCGAGCUACGAUCGUGCAAAGUCGGGCUGGAGCCCGGGAUAGAAACGAAACCAAAGUGAGUAAACACAGUAGUUUUGAGUAUCCUUAAGUGAGUGAACACUGUGGAGUUAUGAUUAUCCUUUGGUGAGUGAACACUAUAGAGUUAUGUAUAUGAAGUUGACAUUGCUAGAGUAGAAACUGCAGAAAAAAAGUGACUGAUAUGCUGGAACUGGACAUGGAUGCUAGCAUCUUUUUUUCUUUGAGAGUUCCUGAAGACUUAUGGAUGAAUUCUUAUGUUGCAUCAUGUUUGUUUGAAAAGGCACAUUUAGGUAGGGCUGCACAAUUAAUCAAAUUUAAUCGAAAAUCGCGAUUUUGGCUGCCACGAUUAAAUUAAAUGAAAAUCGCGAUUUAUUUCCAUUUAAAAUGCUAGCUCUGCUGCAUAUCUGAUAAAGCACUUUUUGACCAGUACUCCGCCAAACCAUUAGGGGGCGAACCGACGUAUGUAAGUCGACGUAUGUAAGCAAGUCACUUGGCUUGCUUGCUUAUUUAGGCGGAGUAAUGAAACCUUACAUGCGUCGGUUCGCCCCCUAAUGGCGUGAGAGUAGGUAACAGAUUGAGGUGAGAGAGAAAAGCUAACUAUGUCGGAACAACAGACUAUUUAGCACUGGAGGCAAUGUUGUGACCUGCCUUCGCUCAUGUUUAAAGCCAGAGCAUGUUGAUAGGCUGGUCUUUCUAGCUAAAAACUUGUAGGCCUCAGCAUAAUGCUAUGUAAUCGUUGCAAUUGAGUUUUCAGUUCCUUCAUCCUUUAGUAAUUUCUUGGAUAAAUUUCAUUUAUUUGUCAUUUGGAAAUCAGAACUUCUCUUUUAAAUUUCAUUCUGCACUGAAAGCUGUUCAUAUUGUUUGUUUGAAUAUAGUGAGAGAAAAUUUAAGUGAUUUCCCUAACAUCAAGAAUAAUCGUGAUUAAUAAUCGUGGUUACAAUUUUAAUCAAGAUAAUCGUGAUUAUCAUUUUUUCCAUAAUCGUGCAGCCCUACAUUUAGGUAUGUUCAACUUCUACAGUAAUUGAAAGUAUAAAUUUGGUUUUCCUUAUACAAUUUUCUAUUUAUUCUAAUGCAGAUGAUUUAAUUUAGAAUGACAUUUUUAGGUUUCAUGUUUUGGCUUUUUGUCAGUUAAGAAUCAUUGAAUUUACUACAGGGGCUCAGAGUUGCAUGUUGACCAUUAAACUGGCUUGAAUUUGUUAAUCAUGACAAGUUUUUUCUUGUGUAUUUGCUUGCCAUUUUAGUACAAUUUUUAAGUCAGAAAACCCCAGACCCCUGGCUAAAAUUUUCAGAUAAUUUCACCAGCCCCAAAUUACAUCCCUGGUUUGUAGUAUGGUCUUUUAAAGGGCUGAUGACAUGAACAUGACUCUAUGCAAUUUCUUAAAUAAACUAUACAACAUGGCAAACAUGUUAGAUUUCUGUUAUAAUUACGUGAAAAGAAGCUGUUGUUACGCGAAUAUCCAACUUUUAAUUGCACAGUGCAAGAAAACUGGGUCCGUGGCUCGCGGCCAUGUUGUGACGUCAGCGGGAGAACACGCUGCGGUUCACUGGCUGUUCUACUCUGGUUCUACUCAAUGGAAAUGGCGCAUGAAAACGCCGGUGACCUCUCUAGUGCUAGCUCUUCCUCUUCUGGGAGUCUAGAAUUGUGUUGAUCUCUUCCGAAUAGAAUCUAUGAUAGCCUACCCUCUUUACCCUUUGCCUCUCGUUGCUAGCAGUAUCCGGCAACAGAUACUGCUGACGUUUUCCAGCCCAAAAUAUGUUCAAAACCCACCAAAAUGCACUUGAAACCGCUCAACUGGGCGGGAAACUUCCCAAUCUGGCAACACUGUGUAGGCAUUGCUGAUGGUAGUAACACACGUUUGUGCUGAACUGAACACCCAAGAGAUUCUUUUAAGCUGGGAAGGGUGUCAAAACAAUCCAAAUCGAAGUAUUCAGAGCACAGGACGGAUGUUGGUGAGGGCUCCCACUUGUCACUUGCUUCACCCACUUCGCAUGCAGCUCGGGGUCUCUGGGAAACUUGAAUAAACUUACCCCAUCCUUGUAGGUUUUGGAGCAAAAGCCGGCAACACAACGCGAAGGCAUAAUAACUAUAUAUAUAUAAUAAUGUAUAAUAAUAAUACUAAUAAUGACAAACUGAACACCUGUCGCAUCAACAACAAACUGGUAAUUUAGGAGGAAGGUUCUUUCGCUGACGUCAUAUAGCUCCUCCUCCUCUUUCGUCUCCUGGGUGCUGCAGCCCUGUCAAAUUUGCCCAAAUAGCCGCGUUUUUUAUCAUAACUUGUAAAAUAGGCGCCUUCGUGAAUUAAUAUAUGGAUCAUCGGGAAUUACUUUUUAUGUUAUAAAACAUCGCCAAAGAUGUCAAAAACGUGUCAUCAGCACUUUAAUUCAAAUGAUCUAUACUAACAAGAUGGCUUAUAUUUUUACAUACUCUAUUACAACUUUUUGUAUAUUUUGAGACUUUACAAUUGGCACCACUACUUUUAGAUUUAUUUGUUGUUCAGUAAAUGUCUAAUACCUGUUUUAUCCACUAGAGGGCAGAAAAGGGGUCAUAUAAUGUUCAGGCCAUUAUGAAGUUUCCUCUCUGAGGUAUAUGUGUAGUUACAGUAUCUAUAGUUUAUUUCUCCUUUCCUAAACAAAGGGUGAGGUCUGUUGGGGUGUUGGAUCAGGUGUAGCAUCUGUUUGUUCAUUCUGUUGGAGACAUGUAUCAUUUUGGACUUUUUUUUUUCAUAUAAAUCAUGCAGUAAUGCAUGAUAACAAAACAAUUUCCCGCCCUCUAGUGGCGGCUAUUCAGUAUGCGGUGCGACCCCCUCCAAAUAUCUGGAGAAGAAAGUAUACUUAAACAUUUAACCACUGGCGGCUCGUUAAUAGGGGCGAUUUGGGCGACGCACUCCCAAACAGGGAGGGAGGUUUUUUUUUUUAUCUACUCCUACUACCAACAGUAAUGUCAUUGUCCAAUCAGGCUAAGGUCGUGCCUGGUGUAGCCACGCCCUUUUGGGGCGAUUUCUGUCAGGUUCAGAUUUGCCCCAAAAUCUCCCAUUGACACUAAUGGUACGUAGGUUUUUUUUCGAAAAUCAUGCUCCCAAUGCAUUUUCUAUUGGGUUUUAUGUGCUCGCACAAGCAGCGUGCUUACGUCAUACGCCUGUUGCGCCGCGCAAGUGUUGCCAGAUUGGUUAGUGCAUUUUGGCGGGUUUUGAACAUAAUUUUGGGCUGGAAAACGCAACUUGCGCGGGAAAUGUGUGAACAUUCUAUGAAGAUGGCGGCGAGUGUUGAGUGCAACAAUAUGAUAGCGUCUCUGAAAGAAGUUCCCUUUAGUCGUCGUACCAAUGAGGAGAAAACGGCAGUCAAACAGCUAGGACCUCCUAGACCGAAUUUAAACAUCAAGCAAGUGUCUCCGAAGGGGGAGAAGACCUACUCAAGAGGUUUUAACAAGAACUGGUGCCACCGGAAAACUUGGAUAGCUGGCUGUGAUGUAGUCAAUGCUCGUUUUUGCUCCCCUUGCGUUCUCUUCCACCCUGGAAGUAGCACAGCAGACAGUAGUGAUAUUUGAAUUUACUAGGCAAAAGUUGUUUUUGUGUGUGUGUGUGUGUUACCAAUGGCAGUUUAACAUUGCCAUGUUUUUGUUUUACCAAUGGCAGUUUAACAUUGCCAUGCUUGGAAUAUUUCAGUAGCCUCAAGUUCUCUCUGACUUGGUGUAAAUUAAGCAUAUUUUCAGUUUUUAUAUAUUGUACAGUAUGUGCUCAUUGGAGCCAGCAGCACCUUACCUUUUUUCCAACUUGUUAAGCCAAGUUGCACUGACUACAAAACCUUGUGUAACCUUGUGUGUGUAUAUAGCUAAAUAACUAAAGCCUUUUGUGUUCAUUGACAUGCUUGUAAUACUUUAAAUUUCCUUUUAAGGCAUGGCUUUUUAGAGGAAUUCUUGGGAAAAAAAACUGCAGAAUUUUUUUAGAAUUAUUUGUUGUUAAAAUGGUGCAAUUCCAUAUAAAAAAAAAAACAUAAUUAAGCUGCACAUGUUUGUUGGUUAUGCUUUUCAUCUUUUUCAAAACUUAAAUAAACACUUGUUUUGGAUUUAUAUCCUGCCACUUUAAUUGCAUUCUUUUGAAUUGAAGAAAUUAGAAUAUGUUUAUAAUUAAGAAUUUGUGUCUACUUAUUAUAGAAUACUGGAAUAAUAUGAGAAAAUAAAUGAGUAAUGUAAUAUUAAUUGAUUGUGAUGCCAAAUGUUUUGCUUUGAAGGCUUCACAAUGAAUCUUCCUUAGUUUUAGCCUGGCAAGCCAGACUAAAUGUGAAUAUUUGCCACUCGUAGGCAAAAAUAUUUUUGGCUGCUAGGCGGGUGGGUCUAGUUUACUAGGCUACCUUAGGCCCACUUUACACGGGGACGGUAUAAAACAAAAACGCAAAAGUCCGUUUUCGUUCUCACUUUUUUCCGAGUCUACACGACCGUUUUCAAGGAGGAAAUCUGCGUCUAUACGGUGACGCAUAAAUGUCUCCGCUAUGUCUGCACGCAUGCGCAACAUCUUCCAUCUUGUCUGAUCUGCACAUCUGCGCCGCUGUUCUGUCAAGUUAUCCGACCAAGCCUACUACACAUGCGCGAAAUCCAGGAGAGUAGGAAAAUUUAACAGUAGUUUUGUCCCCCUGAUCAGCUGGGCUGAUAGAAAAUCGGUGAGAAUUUCACGCAUUUGCCGAUUUUUAUGUUUUGUGCGUAUUGGUCGAGUCUUUGGCCGAGUCAAAUAAUUUGUAAUGACUUGUUUUAAAUAAUAAAACGGUCUGUAUGAGAACUUGCUAGGAUAACUUUACAGAACACCGGUCCGGCUGAGGUACUGUAGUGCUCGAGGGAGGAGCAGGAGCAAACCGAAACUCUUUUAAUCUGCCUUUAUUAAGUAACACUCACUCUUGUUUCGGUGAAGAAGAGAAAAGGCAGUGUCCAUCUCAGCAAAAUAAACCCGUUCGGCUGCUAGUUUUGUUUUCAGUCUCGGGUUUAUGGUUUCACGAGCGGCUUGAAUAGGCGUCGCGCGCGUGCGUGUGUGUGUAACUUGGCGACACCAAACUGAGGAGCUCCAGCUGGGCGGGUGAGCAUUAAAACACAUCUACUGCAUUAAAACACAGAGCAGCUUGAAGGUCCGUUGGAUCGAUGUAAUCAGACAUGCUCUUACUUUUUUACUUACUUUCUUACUUCCCGGGCUGGCAUGUGCAGUAAUAUGACAUAUGUAUGACGUAAACGCGUACCCGACGUGAGCAGAUCUGAGCAGAGUUUUGCGUAUUGGGUAGUUUAGACGGACAUGCAACGGGGGCCGUUUUUAACUUAUCCACUUUGGAAGGCGUUUUCAAUUUUAUCCGUUUUUAAGCCUUGGAAACGCCGUCCCCGUGUAAACGAAAGGCACUUCUGAUAAAAUAUUUAGUCGUUUUUACCCGACAGCGUCCUCGUGUAAACGGGCCCUUAGUUUGCCACCUUUAACUUGUUUAGUGUUGACACCUAGUGGAGAGAAGAGAUAUUGUCUGUAUUGAUAUCUGAAUUUACCAGGCAAAAACAAGUUCGGCCAAUUGAUUUGCUACCUAGGUCAAUUUACUUCAGUCCUGUGGACAUUUACGGUCCGUGUAGACAUAACGGGGGAAAAUUGCCCCCCCUGAAAAAAAAUUCAAGAGCCGCCACUGCAUUUAACAUAUGUGAAAUACCUAUGAAAUGAAAUAAAAAUUGUUUAUUCAGGUUUUUACUGAAAUAAAAAAUGUUUUUUCAA